AUGGAAUUCUCUUGCGUUGCUGCUGGGUCGUUCCACCAGGGAGAUCCCAGAUUUACCGAGAGCAACAACGCUCAAUGCAUGGCAAAUGCAACCUGUGCCCUCGCAUGGCAAGCAUUCUGCGGCGGAUUCAGUACCAACGCUAUUGACGCUAUACUCAUGGCGGGCGAUAGCUUGUAUACACUAUCUCGCCGUGAGCAUAGCAUCACUAACCGGUAUCUGUUCCCUGAGGACCUCGCCAGGCACUUCGUGGUUGCACACCAUCGUGUUACCAUCGAAGAAAUUUCUUGUGUUUGGGACGGGUUGUAUCCGUUACGAAACGAUGGCCUAGAUGAGGUGACCUCUUCCUUGUCUUCGGUUUUGGAAGCAGCUAUGCCCGGUGACUCCGUUGAUAGCGGUUUUUUGUUUACGGGACAGUUGGUGACAGUCGCUUUUUGGCGUUUCCAAGGGCGGCUGUACCUCUUUGAUUCCCACGCGGUAAACGAAAACCGUCGUCGAGACAUUGAUGAGGCGAGAAAUAAGGCUAGGGUGUUCGUCUGUAAUAGUUUUCGUUCUCUAGCUUCCCUCAUUUUGGUGAAUUCUGCGUUCGUCGGUGGGCAGUACUCCGUCACAAAAAUAAAGUUUUCCGUCAACGAAACUCAAACUGUCCACACGGUCGACUGUUCGGACAAUGACUUAACUCAGUUAUCAGAAUCUGCCUCUGAGACAGUUGUUCAGAAAACCAAAUGUCCUGGUAGACCAAAAACAAUAAAGCGUGGUCGUCCAAAGCUUUUAGACACGACCCGAGAAGAGCAAGUGGAUGCGGCGAAGAAGAAGUAUAGGGAGACGCACGCUGACAAACUCCGGGAUGACAGUCAACGUUACACUCAAACCCACCCUGAGGUGCACCGAAAGGCUGUUCAGCAAUACGACCUGCGUAAUCCCGGUGCUUCUGCUGAGAGAGUUCAGAUUUUUCGCCUGAAAAAUCCGAAAAUGUCUGAACUUCGCUAUAUGCCCGCAUCACUUGCUCGGUCCGUAGUCAAAAAUGGCCCCAUGUCUGUUUGGAAUGGGGAGCCACUCAAUGAAAUACAACCAUACAAAUUAAAAAAAGUCAGUCUCUGGGUUGACGACGUUUACAGAUGUCGUCAUUGCCAAGCACGGCUCUUCGAGGAGGAGAAGAAUAGAAAGCAAUGGUGCUGCGGGGAAGGAGCGUUCAAUGUUCUCGACAUUCCUCCGUUGCAAGAACGCUUUUAUUCCGACCGUCUCUUCCUGGAAAGAGCCCGUGCGUACAACGACCUGUUUGCUUUCUGCGCGCUCGAAGUGUCAGGCGGGUAUCGUCAUCCCAGUGGUCUUUCUUUUUUCAAGAUCGAGGGAAGAAUGUACCACCAGGUCUACAAUCUGGACGCCCCAGGACAAAAGUUCACCACUCGUUCUGGGAACGUUCAGUUUGUGAAUCGGUCCCGCCUGUAUAUUGACGAUGGCGAAGAGCGCCGUAACAUUGCGAUGGGUAGAUCGCUUGAUACCGAGAUCAUCGACGGUAUUGCUGAUUUCCUGUCUAGGGAAAAUCCUUACAUUGAGCAUUACCGUCGAUUGAGCAACGAGCCUUCCGUAACAGCUCACUUGGCUUUUCAAGUAACAAGCAGGUCUACCCAUGGCCCUGUUCUCGGUGAUCGGCAAACAGGCGUCGAAGUGCACGCCGUGCUCAGCAAUGAUGAAAACGACACUGAGCCCCGGAGACUGACUAUAUGGAAAUCCGGUUCCGAUAGACCUACAUUUAUUGAUCUUUUACACCCCCUAAUGGAACCUUUCCAAUAUCCCCUACUUUACCCGCAAGGCACUGUGGGAUGGCACGUUGGCCGCCUUGAUAACAAGGGUGCCAAACUGACUCAAUUUAAGUACUCGCGGUGCCUCCUACUUUCUGAACCUCGCUUCUCUCACCUAGGCCGUCUCUCACAAGCUUGGCAGGUUGAGAUGUUCGCGAGGUACGAGGAGGAGAAACUGCGUUACAUUAAGUUUACGCAGCUGAAGAACACCGAUAGUGCCUUGCGGGUGGGGCCGGUUGACGAGAUUCGGAAUGCACAGCAGGUCUUGAACGACAUCGCUCGUGAUGAAACCGUCCAAGGCGAGGGUGGGGUGCAGGCAGGAAAAGUCUACCUCCCAAGUUCGUUCACCGGGGGGCCCAGGUACAUGAAAGUAAAAUACGAAGACGCUAUGGCAAUCGUAUCGCGCCUGGGUUCCCCCACUUUCUUUUUGACGUUUACUUACAACGCGACUUGGGAGGAAAACAAGAAAGCUUGCCCUCGUGGAGGUACUCGCAGUGACCCUAGCACUGCUUGCAGAGUUUUUAGGAUCAAACUUCUGGAACUUCUCCGAGACCUGCGCAGCGGAGCAAUGUUUGGACGCUCUGUCUAUAUCGUCUACGUCAUCGAGAUGCAAAUGAGGGGCCUUCCUCACGCCCACAUUGUAUUCAAGAUUGACGGCGACGGACCAGUUCAGGCGUCCGAAAUUGACUCCAUCAUCCGCGCGGAUAUUCCCUCGGAAGAAGAGGCCGGAGGCCGACUGAGAAAGUUGGUCCUCAAACACAUGAUCCACGGUCCAUGUGGUAAUGAUCAUAGGACUGACUUUCUCUGUUGGGACUCUGCAAAGGGUUACUGCACCAAAUACUUCCCUAAGCCCUGCUGUGAAACCACCCACGUCGACGAGAGGGGAUUCGUCCAGUACAAGCGAGAUUAUACCAAUCGGGGGACAAUUGUAUCACGCAAUAAGAACAUUAUCGUACAUGACGGUUGGGUUGUGCCUUAUAAUCCCGCACUGAUGUUGAAAUACGAGGCUCACAUCAAUUUGGAGCUGGCGUCUACUCGCCGCGUGAUUAAGUACCUCUUCAAAUAUCUUAUGAAGGGAGGAUCUCUCCAGAACGUCACAGUUACUCCCUUCAGUAAGCAAGAUGAUGAGGUACAGCAUUACGUGACGAAGAGAAUGGUGGGUGCCAGUGACGCGUGCUGGCGUUUAUUAAACUUUCCAGUAUCAGAAUCUGAGCCGGCUGUUGAAUGUCUUCCCGUCCAUCUGGAGGGCAAGCAGUCCGUCCUGUUUAGACCUGGCCAACUGGCAGAGGCAGCCGCUAGGAACAGCUCCAAACUCACCAUCUACUUUGACCGGCCUCGUAUUUCACUGUUUGACGACCUGACUUAUCAGGGGUUCUAUGAAACGUUUGUGGUUCAUGUCAAGCGCCCAAAAACUGCGGAGAUAUACGAGCACCCCGAUGGCGUCCAUUUUAUCACUGCCCGACAGCGUGGCGAGAAGGUGUGCAGACUGUUUUGGGUCUCACCGAGCAGGACAGAACAGUAUUACCUGCGUAUCCUGCUUAUGACUGUAUCUUGCCGUGGUUAUGCCGACCUCCUGUCCCGCGGUGGACCAAACUGCCGCACUUUUCAAGGGGUCGCGCGGCAUCUUGGCUUGGUGCAAGACGAACAGGAGUACCACUACGCACUGCGCGAGGCCGCCACUUUCAUGACUGGCCCGAGACUUCGUUCUUUCUUUGUGAUCCUCUGCAACAUGGGGGCUCCUGCAGCUCUCCUGUGGGAUGCUUUCCGUGAUUCCAUCUGCGAGGACCACAUAGAGCGUAAUCCUCUCGAUGUUGAACUGGCCUACAAGCUAGGUCUCAUCGAUAUUGAUCGGAGUCUUCGUCGGCAGGGUUCUUGCGUCGCAGAUCAUGGCCUCCCCGAUGUACACGAUGACACGACGGAGUUGGGCAGAGAACUGCUCUUACAUGGUGAAAAUCAACAGAGAGUGUUUGUGGAGGAGUGGGUGCCAAAGCUCUCUGAAGAUCAAAACCGCGUAUUUGAGUACGUUACCUCCGUUCUCAAUGCCCCUGCCAGCGGAACGUCGUCGAAAAUCAUUUUUCUUGACGGCCCGGGAGGCUAUGGGAAGACCACUCUGAUUCGUGUCGUGUCAUUCUCGCAUACGUGA